AAUACGCGUGACUUGUCUUUGGCCUAAAGUGGCCCUAAAAAGCGAUCAUGAAAUUAAUCGCAGCAGGAGUAGCCUUGCUACUUCUCGUGCUCAGCCCAUCGAGUGAUGCCUUUCUCCACAACUGGCAUUCGGGCCCCAUUAACUGCUACGAGUGUUCCACCCUCGAAGAGUGCUCCGCUGGAGCUGGUGCCCUGCGCAAGUGCCUGAAUAACGAUGCCCAAAGUUGUGUGGCCAUUUUCAAUGCCAAUGGAGCUGUGAUCCAGCGGGGUUGCAGCGAUAAUCUGGAGACAGACUGUUCAGAAAGUGGCGAUAAUUGCUACCAGUGCAAGUCGCAUGGCUGCAACUCCCUAAAGACCUCUGAGAAUCUGCUGGAAUGUGUCGUUUGCGAUGCCCAAAGCGAUGACAACUGUGUCUUCGACAUUGAGCUGGUGACCGAGAAGAGGAAGUGCAACCAGCAGUGUAUCACAGCCCUGUAUCCCACGAACACUGAGGUGGGAGCUCCCCUGGAGUUGGUGCGCACUUGCAUCGAUGACCUGGAUCUGGAUGAUAGUGAGGCCUGCGCCGAUGGCACCCUGGAGAACUGUGUGGCCUGCAGUACAGCCAGUUGUAAUACCGUGGACCUGGGUGUCCGCGGCAGCUGUAAUUCCUGCAAGGGAGACUGCUCUAGUCCAAAAUCCACAACCUGCCGAGCCGUUCCCUCUGGCGAUAAUGCCGAGAACUGCUUUAUCGAGUUUGACAAUUCCGGCACCAUUUACGAGAUGGGCUGCCUCAGUCAGUACAAUGUGAGCGAUGUCACCUUGAUGGAGAGUAACAAGCAGCUGUGGUACUGCACCGGCGACAACUGCAAUGUGGAGUCUGCUCUGGCCAAACCCCAGACCUGCACGCUGUGCAGUUCCCGGACAGACGAUGACUGUGCUGUGGCGCCCGAGAAUGUGCUCACCGUAACCCAGUGCGAGAGUCAAGUGAACAGCGAUUGCUACUCCAGAAUUCUGGAUAAUGGACACACCGAGCGUGGCUGCCUAACCAGCUUGGAGGGUGAGGAGUAUCUAGACUGUCUGCGGGAUAGCGACUCGGACAAGUGUCUAAGGUGCACAGGAGAGAAAUGCAACCAGGAGCUUCAACCUGCUGACCGCUUGAGCUGUCAUAUCUGUGAUUCCAGCGAGGAUGAUAGCUGCGAGGUUUCGCCCUCCGCCACUGCUCUCUGCCUGCUCCACACCAGCAACCAGCAGUGCAUCACGAGCAUCGAUGUCGAAGGCAACACCCUUCGUGGCUGCAGUGCGUCCUUGGAGUGUGACUCUAGCAGUUCCCGAAAGUGCCAGAAAUGUGAGGGAGCCGAUUGCAAUACAGCCAAUCUCAAGAGGCUGGAGGAUGGUCAGCCUGGACUCUGGGGUCAGAGUCUGCCCCUCAGUUGUGAAACUUGCAAUGACACCACCGCCUGCGCCUCUCCCACAACCUCAACCUGUGAAAACAACACGGACUAUUGUGUGACCGUCUUCAAUGCCGAGGGAUCUGUAACCGCCAAGGGCUGCAGCCAGGUGGUGGAGCAAUCCUGGAGCACCUACUGCGAUGCCAACACUGCCAACUGCCACAACUGCAACUCCAAUGCGUGCAACACCGCUCGAUCCCUGGAUAAUUACAACGAAUGCAUCUACUGCGAUCGCGACAACGAGGACUGCGAGUCGAAUCCGGAAAAUGUCAAGACCCAUCGGCUUUGCAAUGGCCAGUGCAUGACAGCUCUACUCAGGAGAUCCAUUCUGAACUUUGUCUACGACACCGUUCGAGGCUGCUUGGAUGACAAAGAUCCGGCAGAUCAGGAGACCUGCAUUGCUGGCACCGAUGAGCGAUGUGUGGCCUGUACUGGACCCAACUGCAAUGUGGACAACCUUCUGGAGGAGCGACUCAGUUGCUAUCACUGCUCCGGCAGUGCAGAGUGUGAGGAUCCGUCUCCCAGCCAGUGCAGUGAGCAGAGCAUCGAGGAUAGCUGCUACAUCCGGUUCGACUACGAGGCCGACGUCCAGGGCAUGGGCUGCCUGUCCGAUCUGGAUGAGGAGUUCGUUGAGGAUAACUUCCACCAGCUGCUUUUCUGCAACACCACCAACUGCAACGACUUUGAAUUGGUCACUUCGAUCAAGCCCACCAAGUGCAUUGCCUGCGACUCCUCCGAGGAUCCCAAUUGUGUGACAGAUCCCAGCAAGAUCACUCUGAUCGGAAACUGCGGUGUUUUGCCCUACACCAGCUGCAUGAUGCGUGUGACAAAUGGCAUCACCCAGCGUGGCUGUUUGAGCAGCUUGCCCCGUGCACAGUUGACCGCCUGCCUUGCUGGCACUGGACUCUGUCAGGUGUGCGAGGGUGACCACUGCAAUGUGGACAUCUAUCCCGCCGAUCGUCGUCAAUGCCAACGCUGUAACUCCCUCACCGAUCCCAAUUGCUCAUCCGCCCCGGAUGCCGGCCAGCCGUGUCUGUAUUAUCAGGAGAACGAGGGCUGCAGUGCCAAGUUGGUGAAUGGGGAAACGUACCGCGGCUGCCAAAGGGAAUUCACCUGCGACGAUUCGGAUAAACAGCACUGCCGCAUGUGCUCCGGCAAGGACAACUGCAAUGUGGCGGAUCUCCUGAGCUCCAAUAUCGGUUAUCCCCAGAACUGGGUCACCCCUGUCAAUUGUUACACCUGCAAUGGCACCGAAUGUCAGGGAGCCAGCGUGGGCACCCUGAGGAAGUGUGUGGGAAAUGAUGAGCAAAAUUGCGCAACAGUUUUCGACGAGUCCGGCUUGGUGGUUCUGCGUGGAUGCUCCGAUACCCUUUACAACGAUGCGGACAUGCUGCAGUACUGCGAUGAGAACUCUGGCAACUGCAAGUUCUGCAAGUCGACGGGUUGCAACAAUGCCAAGGAGCUGGACACCUAUGUGGACUGUCUGAUGUGCGAUGCUAGCGACGGAUCGGACUGUGUCCGCAAAGUGGGAGAUGUAACUCGUACCUUGUCCUGUCAGGGAAGCUGCUUCACCGGUCUCUAUCCUCGCAACCGUUCGGAGGCGAAUCCCGUGCUGGAUCUGGCCCGUGGUUGCCUGGAUGAUCUGGAGUAUGAUGAUCGGGUGGCCUGUGCGGCGGGCACCUUGGAGAACUGCGUCUCCUGCACGGGCGCCUCUUGCAACAAGGCUGAUGUCCCAGAGGAUCGUCUCAGCUGCAACUUCUGUGAGGAUUCCGCCUGCGAAACCCUGAGCAGCCAGCUCUGUUUGGGCCAUCGGUCCGAGGAUCAGUGCUACAUCCAUGUGGAUGAUCUAAGCGUGAAGGCCAUGGGUUGUGUUAGCGAUUUGGCGGAUACCUUCCUGGUGACCAAUCGACGAGAUCUAUAUUUCUGUUCCGGAGAUGAUUGCAACACCAAGGAUAAGUUGCGCCCGGGCAUUGCUUGCAACGUCUGUAACUCCAUCGAUGAUGACAAGUGCGUGAGCUCAGGCGGUUCUUUGGGCGUUGUUUGUCAGCAUCAAAUUUAUCCGGAGUGCUAUACUUUCCUGAACGAAGACGGCGUUCUGGAGCGUGGCUGUCUUAUGGACACGAGUGACGCCCUCUUCGAUGAAUGUUCCAGCUCUGGCAGCACCAACUGUACCGUUUGCAACGAGAACAACUGCAACACGGUUGUGUAUCCCUCGGACUGGCUGACCUGCCUGCGUUGCGAUUCCUCCAGCGAUGCUGACUGCCUCUCAGACCCCUCCGGCUACUCCAGCCAUUGUCGCACCUACUCCGAGGACGAUGCCUGCGUUACCAGCCUUUCCAAGGGUCGCACUCGUCGUGGCUGCCAAUCGGAGCUGAAUUGCGAUGCAUCUCAGCCCGGUAACUGCCGCGUUUGCUCCGGCGCCGACUGCAACGAUGCGGAUCUCCAAUCCUCGUAUGUGGGAGAGCCAGGCAAAUGGACCGAUCUGCCCCUGAGCUGUUAUGUCUGCAGCGAUGCAGCCAGCUGUGCCACGGUUAGUGGAGAACCCACCAAGUGCGAGGGUAACAACAAGCAGACCUGUUCAACCGUCUUCAAUGCCGAUGGUCAGGUGGUGGCCCGCGGAUGCAAUGAUGCCGUCCAACUGGCCAAUGCCGAUUACUGUGACAGCAACAGGGACAAUUGUGUGCAGUGCAAGUCAGAUGGCUGCAAUAGUGCUCUGUCUCUGGAUGACUAUGUCGACUGCUACUUCUGUGAUGCCGAAGAGGACUCCAGCUGUGCUUGGGAGCCUACGACGACCAGGAAGUGCCUGGGUCAGUGCAUGACAGGUCUGUAUCCUCGCAGCUCCUCCUGGGACUCGGCCCUUCUGCCCACUCGCGGCUGCCUGGAUGAUCUGAGCGAGGCGGAGCGAACCUCAUGCGCCGCAGGAACUCAUGCCAACUGCACCGCCUGCACUGGGUCCUUGUGCAAUGACAAGGAUGUGAUUGAGAGCCCGCAGGAGUGCUUUAUAUGCAACGAUUUCGAAUGUAUAGAUGUGGUUAGCUCCAAAUGCCUGGCCUACAGGGAGAACGAUGAGUGCUAUAUUGCCUUCGAUGACAACAGCGUGGUGGCCAUGGGCUGUGCUAGCGACUUUGAGACGCAGGUGAUCAAGGAGCUGGUGGCCCAGCAGCGGAUUAUCCUUUGCUCGGGACCCAACUGCAAUACCCAGAACUCGACGCCCGAUCCCAAUACCUGUCUGACCUGUAACUCCCUGGAGGACACACGCUGCGCCACCAAUCCCAACCAACUGCUCACCACCGACAUUUGCUCCAAGCUGCCCUACACGGCCUGUGUGACCCAGAUCGAUGAUCGAGGCACCACCAUAAGGGGAUGCCUGUCCAGCCUGGGUGGCGAUGACUUCUACGAGUGCCAGACGGGCGCAGGUGAACUCUGUGAGACCUGCACGGGAGAACGCUGCAAUGGGUUGACUGUGUUCCCGGCGGAUCGCAGGAAGUGCUACCAGUGUGACUCUGCCACCGAUGCCAAUUGUGCCGCCUCGCCCUCGAGCUUGACCAGCUCAGUGUGUCCCAUUUACUCCACGGACGAGUCCUGUGUGACCACUCUGGUUGAUGGAAUCACUCACCGAGGAUGCAGCUCCACAUUAAGCUGCUCGAAUCCUUCGGAUCCGCGCACCUGCAGGGUUUGCUCUUCUGCCGAUGGCUGCAACACCGUGAAUCUGGAAAGGGUCAGCGAGGAUGGUUACCCGGGCAUUUGGCAAGAAACGCCCAUUAAGUGUCUCGAGUGCACUGGAACUGCCUGUGCGUCGGGCGGAGGCACUCUUACCGAGUGCUCGGGCUAUGACAACUGUGUGACCGUCAUUGGGGAGGAUGGAGCGGUCAGCCAGCGUGGUUGCUCCGACCCCGUGUUUGCCGCCUCCACGUAUUGCGACGAGAAUCCCACGUCGUGUCCACGCUGCAACUCCAACGGAUGCAACACCGCCGACUCCCUGGACAACUACGUCCAGUGUAUUGUGUGCGAUUCCAGUGAGGAUGCCAAUUGCGUGAAUGAUCUCUUACAGAUCACCAGGACCCGGCAGUGCCACCAGCGCUGUGUCUCCGCCUUCCGCCCUCUGUUUGAGGAGACCGAGGAUCCCAGCUAUGCUCUGGUGCGCAAUUGCUAUGACGAUUUGGAGAAGGAGGAUCGGGAUGCCUGUACCGCGGGCAGCAAGAAGUUCUGUGCCACCUGCGAGGGCGCCAAGUGCAACUCGGAGGACUUGGUGGCCAGCCGACAGAGCUGCUUUGUCUGCCAGGGCGAUGGUUGUCAGAAGCCGGAGGCCAUGAGCUGCGCAAAUUAUAGGGAGAAUGACGAGUGCUACAUCCAAUACGACGAGGAGCGAUCGGUAUACGCUCUGGGCUGCCUGAGUGAGUUGAGCCAUGAGGACAUCUAUCUGCUGAAGCGUUCCAAGAGACUGCUGACCUGUAGUGCCGGAGACUGUAAUACCCUGGAAUCCAUACCAGAAAGUGAGAGCUGUGCUUUAUGUAGCUCCCGGACGGAUGCCUCAUGUGCCAUCAGCCCAUCGAGUGUGUCCAGCUCCACGGACUGUGCUCUCGGCGGUUUCCCCGAGUGCUAUUCCCGGGUUCUGUCCGACGGCAGCACCGAGCGGGGUUGCCUCUCCAGCCUGGAGGACGAUGACUUCCUGUCCUGCUACAAUGGAACCUCUAGCAGCUGCUCCUCCUGCCAGGGCAGUGAGUGCAACAAGCAGGUGUAUCCCGCCAACCGUCGCUCUUGCCACGUUUGCAACUCGGAUACGGAUGCCAGCUGCCACUCCUCGCCCAAUAGCCUCUCCGUGUGCUAUCUGUACGAAGCGGAUGACCAGUGCGUGACCAACUACCGCAACGGUGUCACCUACCGGGGCUGCUCCUCCUCGCUGAGCUGCGAGGCGAAUGCCAAGACCUGUGUCCACUGCGAUGGAGAUGGCUGCAAUGAGGUGGAUCUCGAUGCCAAGGCGGACGACAACAAUGGCAUGUGGCAGGACCUGCCACUGACCUGUCUUACUUGCGCGGGAGCCGAGGCCUGCCAGGCGGAGGAUCUACCAUCGGUCAAGUGCCAGAACAACAACGAACAGGACUGUCUGACCGUCUUCAAUGCCGACGGUGUGGUCAUUGAGCGCGGCUGCCAGGAUGACCUCGAGGCGCAGACAUCGAUCGCCACCUGGUGUGGUUCUAAUGCCGCCAGCUGCCCCUCCUGCAAGUCCAACAACUGCAACAAUGCCACUUCCCUGAGUCAGUACAAGACCUGCAUCUACUGCAACUCCUACAAGGACUCCACCUGUGUGUCCAAUCCUACAAGUAGCAGCCACAGGACUCGCCAGUGUCAGGGCCAGUGCAUGACUGCUCUGUAUGGCAGCGCCUCGACCGGACUGGAUCUCAUUCGCACCUGUCUGGAUGACAAGGAGGAGGCGGAUCGACUGACCUGUGCCAGCGGCAGCGACUCCACCUGCUCCACCUGCGACGACAACUCCUGCAAUACUGAUAACCUUCCAACGGAUCGCCUAACCUGCUACACCUGUGACGGAGAUGACUGCGAGGAUCCGCAGCCGCAGCAGUGUGUGACUUAUAAGGAGCAGGAUAGCUGCUUCCUGUGGAUCGAUGAGGACAACAAUCUGAAGCAAUUGGGCUGCCUAAGCUCUUUCCGCAAUCAGGAUCUUGAGAGUAUUCUAAAGACGAAGCGAAUUGCUGUCUGCGAGGGUGCCAAUUGCAAUGUUCCCACUCUUCAGACGCCGGUGCGUUGUGCUGUUUGCGAUUCUCGAGAGGAUCCCACAUGUGCCACAGAUGCCCAGGCAGUGGGUAGCUUCCAGACCUGCAGCCAGAUGCCACACACGGGAUGCUUCACCAAGCUGGAUGAUGAUGGUUCCACCCACCGUGGUUGCUUGUACGAUCUGGAUCAGACACCGUUUGUCUCCUGCCUCCUGGGUAACGAUGCCAACUGCACUGUGUGCUCCACAGAUGGUUGCAAUCGUGAGGUCUUCCCUGCCGAUCGACAAGUUUGCUACUCCUGCACCUCUGCCGAUGAUUCUACCUGUGAGUCCGAUCCCAGCUACACCCUGGCCUGUCCCUGGGUCAGUGAGACGGAGACCUGCAAGACCCUCCUCUCUGGCAAUGUCACCACUCGUGGCUGCAGCAGCAGCGUAGAAUGCGACUCUAGUGAUUUCCGCAAUUGCCGUAGUUGCUCUGGCAGCGAAUGCAAUGCCAUUGACCUGGCCAAUCGUGUGGAUGAUGGCUGGCACGGUGGCUACCAGACUCCCCUGAAGUGUCACUCUUGCGAGGGCGAACACUGCCUGAACUCUUUGGGACCUGCUGUCACUUGUUCUCUCAACAAGGAACAGGAUUGUAAGAUUGUCUUCGACCAGGAUGGCGUCACUGUCCGCCGAAGGGGAUGCUCGGACGAUGUGGACGACUACGAGGAUAGGUAUUGCAGGAAGAACCCGGAGCUAUGUUUCACUUGCAAGUCUAACGAAUGUAACGAUGCUUGGGCUGUCUCAGAGUUUGUAAGUUGUACCUUCUGCAACUCGGCAAACAACGAGACUUGCAUCACGGAUCCCACCGGAGCGGGUCUGGGCAAGCGCAACUGCAAGGGUCAGUGUCUGGUAGCCCUGAAUGGAGAAGCCCUCGUCCGAUCCUGUCUGGACGACAAGGAGCUGUACGAUCGCAGUGACUGCACCACCGACGAGAGUGGCACUAACUGUGCCUCCUGCUCGGGAGCCGGCUGCAACACCUUCUCGUAUCCCGCUGAUAGGCUGAGUUGCCACAGCUGCGCGGAUGCAAGCUGCUCGAGCAGCAAGUCCCAGGCUUGCCUGGCCUACAGGUCGGAUGACUAUUGCUUUGCCAAGUACGGAACCAAUGGAGGCAUCGAGCUGAUGGGCUGUGCCAGCAGCCAAAAUAGCUCCAGCCUAGAGGAGUGGCAGGAGGAGAACAAGCUGUUCUCCUGCCAGGGCAGCGAGUGCAACGAACUUAGCCGCUUGCCCAGUGAGGGCGAGUGUCUGUCGUGUGACUCCAGCAAAUCGCUAGAGUGCGCCCAGGAUCCCUCGAGUAUCACAUCCUCCAUUACCUGCCAUGCUCCCAACUCCGAGUGCAUUACCCGCCUGGAGAACGGACACACCAUUCGCGGAUGCAAGAGUGCCCUGAGCACCACCGACAGUGCCGCCUGCACGGCCAAUGGAAGCUGUUCCGUCUGCUCCGGCGCCAAGUGCAAUGCCCAGAUCUUCCCCGGAAAUCGCCGACGGUGUCACAUUUGCAACUCCACCGCCAAUUCGGAUUGUGCCAAGCAACCAAAUUACGAGGCCGUGUGUCCCAUUUAUGCCCAGGAUGAUGUCUGUGUGACUUCCUACAACGAUGGCCUCCUUCGACGAGGAUGUGCCAGUGAGCUGGAGUGCGAGAUCGAUAGCGAGGAUCACUGUCAAAAGUGCUCCACUGAUGGUUGCAACACCGUCGAGCUUACAGGCUCCGCCGGAGCUCUGUCUGGCCUGGGAUUGGGUCUCACCCUGCUGCUCGCCUGGUGCAUCAGCUACACUCAGCGGCUGUAGGAGAAGAUGUCCCAACUAUUCACUAUACUUAAGUAGAUUUAUAUAGAGUACGCUUAUGUAAUUAGAUUGCUGUGCUGACGAUAGAGGCUUCUCUUCCGAACCUCGAACAAUCUACCAAACGAUUUGUAAAUAAACCAAAACGACAAAUUUAAACGGUA